GAGGAGGAGGGCCUGGGGGGCCUCACGGCAGAGGAGCUGCGGCAGGGCCAGGAGGCCGCCCGGGCGCUGGAGGCCAGGAUGGCACUGAGCGCCCAGAGCCUGGUUCGGGCCGAGGUGGACGAGCUCUACGAGCACGUGCGUGCCCUGGGCCAGGGCCGCUUCGGCCGUGUCUCACUGGUCACCCACCGGCAGGAAGGCACGGUGCUGGCCCUGAAGCAGCUGCCGAAGGCCUCCACCACUCUGCGCGGCUUCCUCUACGAGUUCUGCGUGGGCCUCUCCCUGGGCUCCCACGCGGCCAUCGUGGCGGCCUGCGGCGUCGGCCUGGAGUCGGCCGACUCCUACAGCUUCCUGACCGAGCCGGUGCUGCACGGCGAUCUCAUCGCCUACAUCCGCCCCAAGGUGGGCCUCCCGCAGCCGGCUGCCCAGCGCUGCGCGGCCCAGCUGGCCUCGGCCCUGGAGCAUGUCCACUCCCUCGGCCUGGUGUACAGGGACCUCAAGCCUGAGAACGUGCUGGUGUGCGACCCCGACUGCCGGCGGGUCAAGCUGGCGGACUUCGGGCACACGCGGCCCCGGGGGACCCUGCUGCGCCUGGCCGGGGCCCCCAUCCCCUACACGGCCCCCGAGCUCUGCGCGCCCCCGCCCCUUCCUGAGGGGCUGCCUAUCCAGCCCGCCCUGGACGCCUGGGCGCUGGGCGUCCUGCUCUUCUGCCUUCUCACCGGCUACUUCCCCUGGGACCAGCCGCUGGCCGAGGCCGACCCCUUCUACGAGGAUUUUGUCGCCUGGCAGGCCUCGGGCCAGCCCGACCACCGGCCUCGGCCCUGGCUUGGCCUGACGCCCACGGCCGACACCCUGCUGUGGGGGCUGCUGGAGCCCCAGCCGCGGAGGAGGAGCCCCGUGAGCUCGGUCCGGGGCUUCCUGGGGCGGCCCUGGAGGCAGCGGGAGGGGGAGGCUGAGGAGGUGUACCUCGGGGAGGACGAGGACUCGGGGUGA